AUGAAUCACGAGACAACAGCUGCCGAUACGAGUACAUUAGUAUGGAACUCUGUAUUCCAAUUGCUAAACAAUCCCGAAUUCGGUCGAGAGGAACCUACGGACGACCUAGUCCUCAAAUUACCUCCAGGCCUAAUGGAACCUCGAUCACAUGAAGAUGUAAAACGAGAAAUUGAAAACCGAUAUUUGACUCCGAGUACGACGUUCCCGACUUCUUGGUUGUCCGAAUGUCAGCAGCAUUGGGAACGCGGUUCCGAUUAUCUCUCAUUGAUCACUAUCGAGCCAACCGAAGCGCGGAAAACUUUGGAAAUCACGCGCGAUCUUAUUACCGGACAAGUGACCGGUUAUGAAGAGGUCUCAUCGGCUGAUCCAUUCGCUGUUGCGUCCAUGCUUGGGGAGCCUGAUGAUGUAACGCCUGAGGCCAAUACAGUCGAGGCAGUCUCGAGAGAAUUGGAAGAUAGCUUGCUAGAAGAUGAACUGUUGACGGUACCUCCAGAUUUUGAGCGUGGAUUGAUUUUUGAGGAUGAGAAACACGGGAGGACGUUAUCGAAAGGCGUUGCCGCCAGCUUAAAUAUUACAGAAAUGUUAACGCAAGAGGAUGAUGUUAUUGAGCUGUUAGAACUGGAAGAAGGAAGCGCAAAGAAACCGCUUGAGGCAAUAAGUGCAGAUACUUUUGAUGAAGAACAAAAAAAUCCGUCGCUUUCGCAAGAUAAACUUGAAAAUGCUAUCGAUCAAUUGCUUCCAUCCGAGCCGCUUGUGGGAGGCGCCGUAAAAAUUAAAAAAACCGCCAAACUUUCUAAGGGACGUGAUUGGGCGCAUGAGGUGAAUCCCAAGGAUAUUCCUAACUUUGACGAAUUAUAUCCUGAACCAGCGAUGAAGGCAAGUCGGAAUAUCUUUACGUUCGACAAGCUAUACGAUUUCCAGAAACAAGCUAUUCACUAUUUGGAACGUGGUGAUUCAGUCUUUGUUGCCGCACAUACGUCGUCUGGAAAGACUGUUGUUGCGGAAUAUGCAAUUGCUUUGGCGAUGAAGCAUAUGACACGUACUAUUUAUACAUCACCUAUUAAAGCAUUGUCGAACCAGAAAUAUCGAGACUUCAGAAAAAAAGACAAGUUUGGAGAUGAUGUUGGUAUAUUGACUGGCGAUAUUCAGCUUAAACCCGAAGCAUCAUGUCUCAUUGUAACAACAGAGAUUCUGAAGUCUAUGCUGUAUAAACAAGCGGAUUUGAUCAGAGACGUUGAAUUUGUCAUAUUUGACGAAAUUCACUACAUGGAAAACAAGGAGCGUGGUGUGGUUUGGGAAGAAGUCAUUCAUUUGCUUCCGGCCCAUGUAAAUCUCAUUUUUCUGUCGGCAACCGUAUCGAAUGAAAUGGAGUUGGCUGGUUGGAUUGGGCGAACUAAAGAGAAAGACAUAUAUGUCAUCAAAACUGAAAGACGUAUGGUGCCGUUAGAACACUUUCUAUACGGUGACGGGGAACUACAUAAAAUUGUAGACAAAAAAAAGAAUUGGCUAUCCGAAGGAUGGUCGUCCGGCUAUUCAGCAAUUACCAACCCAAAGACAGAGGCAAAGGCGGGGGCCAAAACUGGAGCCAAAACAGGAGCCAGAACGGGAGCCAAAACGGGAGCCAAGACUAAGCAAGGACGGUCAAAUCCACGAAUGGCAACUCGUGGUGGUUCAAGUCAAAAGAACACGAAAGAGUUUGAUCGCAUGUUCAAACUACUCGAGGAUAAAGAUCUAUUUCCAGCCAUUUGCUUUUCUUUUUCAAGGAAGAAUUGUGAUAAGUAUGCGGACAAAUUGGCUAAAAGAAAUCUAUUCAAUGUUUCCGAUGAUGUUAAGAAUAAAAUACGCAAACGAGUUGACAAGGCGUUGAAGAACCUAAACGAGGAUCGGGAAUUGCCUCAAAUCAUCAGUAUGAAGAGAUUAUUGGAUAAAGGCAUAGGGGUCCAUCAUAGUGGAUACCUUCCGAUUGUAAAAGAGCUUGUUGAAAUGCUAUUUGCGAAAAAACUUCUUAAAGUUUUAUUUGCAACCGAGACAUUUGCCAUGGGUGUAAACAUGCCUGCUAAAACUGUUGUAUUCUUGGGUCUUAAAAAAAAUGACGGCGAGAACUAUCGCGUACUGAAGUCUGGUGAAUAUACACAAAUGUCUGGGAGGGCUGGUCGUAGUAAUGAGCAUGAUGAGAUUGGUGUUGUUAUUAUAGCUUGUCCCCCUCAAGAGCUUAUGGAUAAGAGUGUUGAUGUUCAGCGAGUUAUCCUCGGAAAACCCACAAAAUUAGAGUCUCAAUUUCGUUUGACUUAUCUCAUGAUUCUAAAUAUGUUGCGCUCCGAGGCUUUAUCGGCUGAGGAAAUGAUGAAAAAUAGUUUUUCUGCAGAUUGGCAUCAAAAAAAUGUGCUUCAAAACCAAAAGUUACUUGUAGAGGGCGAAAACUCUUUAAUUAACAUAAGGAAGUUAGAUUGUAUGAUUUGCAACAGGGAUAUACAAGACUUUUAUGACAAAUCUACGGAGAUUCUUAGGCUGGCCGUAAUUCUGAGAAAAAUACCGAAUUCCAAAUUUGAAGUGAUGCUUUUACAAGAUAAGAAUGCGGAGGGUGUAGCACCGCUUCCACUGACGUACAUUCAAAAUCCUCCUUCAAAUGUGGCAAAAGCAACGAUUCAAAUCAUACCUUAUACAGACAUUAUGAUAAUAACCGAGUCUACAAUCACAGUUAAUACGGGGUCCAUAGCGCGUGGUGACGAAAAAGAAAAAGCUAAAGUACUACAAGAUCUGUUACAAUAUGCGAAUGAGGCUCGAGCAGUCGGCGUCAUAGAACAUGAUUGGGCAAAGUUGCGUGAUCCUGAUUUCAAAUAUGCUUUCGCGGAAAGGAAUACUCUUAUGAAGCGCAUUGCACAGUUGCAGUGCACAAAAUGUCCCGAGUUUAAUGAACACUAUGGAAUUUUUCACAAGGAAUCCAAGGCAAAAUUCGAUGUAGAGCUUAUACGUUCGAAAAUAUUUAAUUCUGGUUUUGAACAGCAAGAGGAAUACGAUAUUAGAAAAAAGAUACUUAAAGAACUCGAGUUCAUUGAUAGCAAUGAUACUCUGACACAAAAAGGACGCGUUGCGACUGAGAUAAAUUCGGCUGACCCGCUGGUAGUGACUCAGUUGAUUUUUGAGAAUAAGUUUGCGGAUUUUACUGCCGAAGAGAUUGUUGCCUUGUUGUCAUGCUUUAUCUUUCAGGAGAAGAAGAAGAAGCAGGAUGAUGGGCCAAUUGAUCGAAACGGUGAAAAAUUCAAGGGUAGACAUAAUACGACUCACGAAAAAGUGGUAUACGUCAGGAGGGAUAAUGAUGAGGAAGAUCGAGAUGUGGAUGGUAAUAAGGAUGAUGACGAGGGGGAUGACGAGGGGGAUGACGAGGAUGAUGAUGACGAACUAAUGACAUUUAAAUUGCGAAAGGGAAAGAAGAUUAUAAGACGCAUUGCGAAGUUUAUGGACAAAGUACAAGAAGAUUUUGGUUUAGAGCCGCUCUUGGCGACUCCCAGUAUGGAACAACAUCUGGAAAACCUUAAUUUCAAGCUUGUGAACGUUGUCUACAAAUGGGCGCAGAAGAAUUCGAAAUUUGUAGAGAUUAUGAAGAUUUCCCCAGACGUACAGGAAGGAUCUAUCGUGCGAUGUAUUACUCGGUUACGUGAGACCUGUCGUGAAAUAAAGAAUGCAGCACGGAUCAUUGGUCGUCCAACACUCCAGAAGAAAAUGGAAGAUGCACUACAAUGUAUUGACAAGAGUAUCGUAUCUACUAUGAGUUUGUAUUUGUAUGAUGACAAUGCCGAAUCAGAUAGCGAAAAAGAGUAG